AUGUCCUCACCUGACAUUGAAGUGCAGUGUUUGUCACAGUGCGUCGCCAAUGGCAUAUAUGAUCAUGUUGCAGAUGCUAUAACGAACCUUGGAAAAGACGGGUUAGGCGAGGCCAAUUUUGGCGUCGAUUGGACUACCACUGUCCAAGAUAACUACAGUGGGACUAAUUGGUCAUAUGUAAACACAAAAGACGGUCGCACCUUCAAGACCAACAUCAUUGGUCAAAUUGCUACUUCAGCAUGUGACACCAAACAUUCUGCUAAAGGCACGCACUUCACGAAAAAGAAUGUGUCACUAAGCGAUUCUGACACUGUCAAAUGGAAAUGGGCACUCUCCAAACCCACCCUAUGCUCACCAAAUCUAGCAGACAUCUGGGAAAAUCAACUGACAUCCAUUGAGGACUGGAUUACAGAAGAAGAAAAGAGAACUGGUACACAGGGUUCGAAGAUAAACCCAUGCAUCACUAAGAGCUCAAACGACCUCCAGUAUGUGGACCUCAUCAUGCUGACAUCACAACACAUCUACGAGACGUUCCAGCUUGGCGUACAAGCAAUCAAAGUCCUACAUCCUUCUGAUGAACCUGUUGAAGAAAAAUUUAUCCCCAUCCUCUCCAUGACCUCCAUUGAGUUGUCGAAAGAUGAUUUGGCCAUUGCAGGUUUCUCGACUUUCGAUCUCGGUGUAGAGACUCAUGCCUCUCAUUGCAUGAUAUGGCAGUAUUCACUAGGGAGUACAUAG